AAAUGACAAACGCGAUGAGAUCAUCAAGACCAGUAGUAGCACUGGGUCAGAGUCUAUCCAAUCUAAUCCCCAGGCCACUAUUGGCCCAUCCCGUCUCUGUCUUAACUCGCCCCCAAUCUCAGCCAUUACUCUCUCGCCCACAAACCUUCAGCUCAACAGCACCAGAGGGGAGAGACUUCUGAAUCUUCCGACUCCUCCUGCAGCACGCUUCCGCCAUGGCGUUCCCAGUCGUUGACGCCGAUUACCUCAAGGAGAUCGACAAGGCCCGCCGCGAUCUCCGCGCUCUCAUCGCCUACAAGAACUGCGCCCCGAUAAUGCUCCGUCUGGCGUGGCACGACGCCGGGACGUACGAUAAGAGCACCAAGACCGGCGGACCGAAUGGCUCCAUAAGGAACGAUGAGGAGUUGGCUCACGGUGCCAAUAGCGGCCUGAAAAUCGCCCUUAGUUUCUGUGAGGAAGUGAAGGCCAAGCGUCCGAAGAUUACUUACGCCGACCUGUUUCAGGUGAGUAAUUGAUAUGAAUUUGCUUCUGAUGGCCAUCGCGGUUGCGAUUCUACAUUUUGAAAUAAAUAGUGCACUAUAAACGAGUGUUAAUCCUAGAGGUUUAGAAACUGGUGACUAUACAUGCGUGCCUAGAUUAUAUUUGUGGUUUCUGGAUGCCCAUUGUAUGCUCAUCUUGUACUGAUUUCUCACUAGAACUGUGUGCUUUGUACACUUCUUGUUCAAUUGUUGAUUCAUGACCUCAUCGUCGGAGUGUUGUUGAUGCAGGUUGCACUGAUGAUGAGAACCUUAUAUAUGAUCAGGUUUAGAAUUGGUGAUUGUUGCCUACUUAUGGUACUUGUACUUGUGCAUGCAGCUUGCUGGUGUUGUUGCAGUUGAGGUAACUGGAGGUCCAACCAUUGACUUUGUCCCCGGUAGGAAGGAUUCAAAAGUUUCCCCCAAGGAAGGCCGACUUCCGGAUGCCAAACAAGGCUCGCCGCAUUUGAAGGAUGUAUUCUACAGGAUGGGUCUCUCUGACAAGGAAAUUGUGGCACUAUCAGGUGGCCAUACUCUGGGAAGGGCACAUCCAGAGAGGUCAGGCUUCGAUGGCCCUUGGACCAAGGAGCCAUUGAAGUUUGAUAACUCAUACUUCGUGGAGCUGCUGAAAGGUGAGACUGAAGGACUAUUGAAACUUCCAACUGACAAUGCCUUGUUGGAUGAUCCUGCUUUCCGUCCCUUUGUUGAGCUCUAUGCAAAGGACGAGGAUGCUUUCUUCAAGGACUAUGCAGCGGCACACAAGAGACUCUCCGAACUAGGCUUCACCCCAGCCUCCUCGGCUUCCAAGGCAACGGCCAAAGACGGCACCGUUCUGGCCCAAAGCGCUGUCGGAGUAGUUGUUGCUGCUGCAGUGGUGAUCUUGAGCUACCUGUACGAAGUCCGCAAGAGAGCCUGAUAAUAAAAUAUAAGUAGACCGACCGACCGACCAGCUAGAACAGGCCUUUUCCAUUACACUAAUAAUUCCUAGCUACACGUUUCUUUACCUGAUAUGUGACUCAAAUAAACUCCGUAUUCUCUCCGGUAGCUUCGUAUUCAAGCCCCAAGUUGAAUUGAAUCACAUGCAAUGCACUUUGGGCUUUCAACUGUCUUUGUAUAAAUAUCCAGAAAGAACAACUGGCAAGCAGAAUCACAACUCGGAGCGUGUAUCUGUCAAUGCCGCUACCUAAUUCCCAUGUGGUGAAAACGCAACUCCCUCUGUGUAGGCUGUAGAUUGCAGGACCGCGCAUUACCUACCUUGUUUAGCAUGGUGGCAAUAAGUUGCAGUCGGAUGGUGCCGUUUGUGAUCUCAUCAUGCUUGCAUUUAUAUUUGUAAAAAUGCUUCUGAGAUUCUCAGCAAAGAAAAUAACAAAAGUGUAUUCGAGUGCAGCUAACCAUUGUGCAGUCUAUAAUCUCAACUAGUGGAUGUGUACAUUAAUAUAGUUGACAAAAUUUUGUUUAAUACAAUGUAGUACUGGUACGUGUGAUUAAUGCAUUUAAAACUCAUGUUCUCGUAG